AUGUGUCAUUCCGAAGUGCGUCUUGACUCAUUGACAAUGCACGAGUCUCUUCGGCACCGAUUGGUGUACUUCAUUGCGCUCGACCCUGAGGGCACGCACAAGGACCGUCGCAUACAGGAGCUUGAAAUUACGUUUGCUCAAGUGCUGGAACGCUGGUCACGUAAAAUGUUUACGGGAUAUCUUCUUCGUAUCACAACAAAUUGCCGGAGCACUGGUUAUUUAAGUGUGUUGGUCGCAUGA